UUUGAAGGGAGUUGCUGUACACAGACUAUUUGUGUGGACAGAAUGUGCCGGCUUGUAUCGCCUGCUUUUAGUACGUUGUUAUUUUUGGACAUUCUUCUAGUAAUUAGCUGUGCAGCAAUACCACCAUGGGGAAAGAAUCAGAAGUUAAGAGAAUUGAGUUACCAAGUAAACCCAAGAGAAAUGAUAGAAUUUGCAUUUAAAGUGAGCAAGGAAGAAGCGUAUGCAAUUUUCCACGAAGCCUACAACAGAAAUAGAGAUAAUAAUUCAAAAAUAUCUCACAUCGCAGCUGAGUUAGAACUAGACGGACUUAGUACAAAAGCAAGCAGCACAAUGUGCAAAAAACCAUUGCCAAAAGUGGUUAAUAUGUAUGACAUAUUAGGAAUCAGUAAGAACGUGGUACUGUCCCCUGCUGGAAUCGCAGUGAAUAAGUGUAGUCCUGAUAGUGGGUGCUGUCCGCCUGAUGAAGAGUGCGUAGCAUCUGAAUUCCGCACAAAAAACUUCACAUAUUUGCACAUAGAAAAUGGAGAGUUAACGGUUCGGAGACACAGGGUUCUCGAAGAUGCCCGCUGCACUUGCCAGAAAAUCCAACCGUUUUCUUCUGGCCAAUACUCGUCAUCAGUUCCAAGAGCUGAAGAAUGUGGAGAAAACCAGGAGUACGACUACACUACUGGUUUGUGUGAAGAAGUGGAGGAGGAGGAGGAGGAGAAUGGCGUAGAAGAAUAUGAACAAGAUUGUCCGGAAGAUAAGACGUUUGAUAAAGUAACGGGCAGAUGCGAAUGUUCAAUCAUAUGUCCCACAGGAACUAGUAUAGAUCCUUCUAACUGUGUUUGUGAAGACAUGCCAAAACCCCUUCCAACGACCACGUGCGAAUUUAACAGAUGCCCGAAGCCGUUUCACUUGAAUAGGACGGCCUGUACGUGUGACUGCUAUGUGGACGAUAGAAACUGUGAAAAAAUUAAAACAGGGAAAAAGGAAGUAAAAGAAAAGCAUUGUUUGAAUGUUCGUCGUUCGCGUACGUAUGGUACGCCAACGUGCAUAGAAGGAACUUUUUUCAAUUCAACACUAGGGGUAUGCAGAUGUGAAGAUUUAUUAUGAGACCAGCUAUAGUGACGUAAUGUACCUUACUACUUGAGAUGUCUUGGAAAGUCAACCAAUAUUUAUUAAAUUUAAUGUACAGUCAACAGCUAAUUUAAAAUAAUAUAUUUUGUAAAUGGAGAGGAUAAAACCUUGAAGAACGCACAACGACAAAUGUUACGAUUGCCUCCGAUUGCGAAGUGUGCCUGCGUUGCCACGCGUACUGCCUCGAUUCUUAUCCAAUAUGGAACGCCAAAGGGUUAAGGUCACGAACCAUAUUGUGAUUAAAAGCAAGUGGAGUACAAACAGACGUCGCUGUGUUACCGAUCGUGGCAGUAAUUACUAGUUCGAUGGAAGUUGCUGGAAAAAAUUCUCCAAAUAGGUUGGACAUAAAUCUGAAUAAAAUCUGCAGUUCCGCCGAAGAUAUCCAAUCGGAAGGUUCUUAGAAGAGCUAAUGUUGAUGACACUUACUAGAUUAUUUUUAAAAUGUAUGAGUAACUAUGGACAUAUCGCAAAAAAAUACUCAAUCGUUUAAAUUUGAGAUGUGCAUCUAUAGACACAGACAGUUAGGGCUCUUGUCUCGGGGGAACUGCCGAUCCAAGAGCCCGCGCGGAUGACAUAUUUCCGGCGAGGCCUCAAUGCGUGAGCUGAGGCUAGAAUUCAAGGACGAGAAAAUGCUGUAUAAACUAUUUUGGAAAUAAGCAAGCAAAGCAUUUCUGUAGGAUAUUUGAAAUAAAGUGUGGCCUAUCAAUUCAAUUUGGCUUGCCUGUAAUCUCUUUGUGCCAGUCGCACUUUUCCAUGUUUAGUGUAAAACUGUGGUGCGAUAUGUGCGAAGAAACAUUUGCCUAAACAUUAAUGUUACCUUUUCCAAGGAUGGGCGGAUACGAUGGUGAUAAACUAGUCGUACAGAUCGGCAUUGUUCAUGUUUUUAAUUAAAGCCGCAUACUCGUCAGCAUGACUUGUUCUCUAGUGUAAUCAACAAAAUAUGAAAGGACACGCGCAGUUUAAGUUGCUUGUUGCACUGGUAAAAAUAGACCUAGCAGUUAUGGAUGUAAACGUUACUAGAGUUUGAAGUAAAGUUUAAGGAGUUGAUGCUUAGACUCCAUAUCAGUAUCACGUAUUAUUUAGCUUACAUAUGUGUAAUACAUGAGUUAUUACAUCUUGUAUCUAUAACUUUAGGAACGUAAGAUCAUCAGUAUACGCAAAAAGUUUAUAAAUUUAAUUUAAUUUUAUAUUGUCACAUGUUUGACUUUUUAAUUUAGGAAUUUUACAACUUUAGGUUUAUAAGUCAGGGGAGUUAAAAAGAAAGAUAAGUGAAUUUGUUAUAAUAAAUACUUAUCUGAGAUAUUAUGGGCUUUUUAUUUAUUAAAUCUUUUAAAAUAAUAGAGCUGUUUGUGCAUUGGGUAAUUUAUCGCUAUAAGGAUAACGGUAGGCCUAAGUAAAUAUGUAUAUACCGUAUGAAUAUAGUAGGUCGUAGGCCUAAAUCAUCAAUGUGGAGAUAAUAUAGGUAAUGUCUCAUACCUGGCGUUGUGCACGGCACUAAAGAUAUGAAUUAGACAUUAUGUUAAUGAGUAACUUAUUUAGCACAAUUAAAGAUGCGAAGAUAAGAGAAAAAAUUAUAUUUAUAAUAACCCAAAGAAAAUGUUUAUUGCAGAAUGUAUUAUUAAAUCAAAGUAAACCUUAGAUAAAUAUGUAGAAAUAGAUUUACGUUUAUGAACAGAAUGAUGUGAUGUAUGCACAAUACAUUUUUUUGUAUUGACAUCUUUGUCAUUUUGUCAAUGUUCACGAGUAUACCUACUUCCCUAAACAAUAUACUUAAAAUUAUGAUACUCGUAUUUAGGAUGUCACAAUAUUAUCGUUAUUAUUUAAAUAUUUAUCAUUUAAUAAUAACAGUGUUACGUUUUCAAAGUCUAUUAUAUUAUUGUUAUUAUCAGGGAGUUGUAUUACCUGGUUGUUAUCCCUUCUAUUAUUAUUGAUUGCUAAUGUUAUUGUUAUUCAUUGUUGAUAACAUUUGCUAGUAGUAGUAAAAUGAUAUUAUUUAUACAGUGGUAUUUUUUAUUAUUUUUUCAUUUUAUUUUGUUAUAAUGAAAUAUUACUACAAGUUUUAUAUUUAUAAUUGUUUUUAUUAUUGCCAUUUGCAAAUAUUUGAUGCUAUUUAUAGCGUCCCACUUCAAUAACCCUAUUUAAAUAGGUUGUGAAUAUAGGCCUAUAUGUAGGCCUUUACAAAUAUUACGUUUUUAUAAGAAACUUUUGAAAUUUUCAGAGUAGGCCUUUCCCAACAUAGGGUAUCUGCCAACAUUAACACCACCUGGGAUUCUAAUCCGCCUGGCCGAUUUAGGAAGUCUACAUGUUUAUGCUUCUUGAUAUUACAUAGUUAAUUAUAAGCAAAUUAAAACGCAGUCUUAAUAUGAGUUUACGAAGACAUUCAAGGACGCUAGAAGGAUGUGAUCAGGUCAACGUAUAAACUUAGUUAACGAGUUUGCUUCGUCUGUCCUUGAUGAGAAAUGAUUUUUCUUCAUAAAGCAUACAUGAAUAAUGUUUAAAAUCAAUUUCGAUAUUAUUGAGUAGAUGGUCUAUGCGUUUUAAUUACUUAAUUGUGUUUUUUUUUCUUUCAAGAAUUACAGUAGGUCAAAGAAAGUUUUCUACAUAUUCACAACAAAAAAUUGAUUAAGAUAAUUGUGAAAAUGUCGAUUUUUUUAACGUCAAAAAAAUAUAAAGAAUAGGUACAUUUCAGAGAGAAUAUAGGACUAAAACAACGAUUAGGGCCUAUGUUCUUAUGGUACAUUAUAAUAUGGUAUUUAUUUAAGAUUCUUCAUAUCCAGCCAUAGUGGAGGGCGGGGGUUGGUUGGUGAAUGAUGAAAAUGAUGUAUGUGUAAAGUACACGAUAAAUUAUGCAUAUCACCUUGGUGCAUACAAGAACAAUAAAGAAAUACAUUGUGAAUGUUGUGA